AUGAUGCCAGGAAAGCCGUCGUCGUACGCCAAGCUGGACAACGAGCCCGAGGAUCAUGAGGACGACUACGUGGCCGACCAGCAACGCGUCCAGCAGCUCGAGCGCCAGAAGCAGGACGAGAGUUUAGACGAGCUUCACUUGGCCGUGAGGCGGCUAGGAGACAUGAGUCUGAGCAUCAGUACGGAGCUGGACACGCAGAACCAAAUGCUGGACGAUUUGAAUGAUGACACGGACAGAGCGAAGCAGACACUGGCAAUCGUAUCGAAACAGACACAGGAACUCAUCAAACAAUCGGGCGGCGUGAAAAACUUUGUCGUUAUUAUUGUGCUCGUGCUUAUUUUACUCCUGCUGACGUACAUGGUGAUCAUGACAUGA